GAACAGGGAAUGGGGCGCAAUAUGACGGUUCUGAAGCUUUUCAAAGCAUUGCAUAAAACAAGACAACAAGUUUUCCGAAAUGAUACCCGGGCAUUAGAAGCUGCAAGGCAAAGAAUCAAUGCAGAGUUUCGGAAAAACAAAAAUGAGUCUUCUCCGGAAAAGAUGUCAGAGCUAAUAAAAUUAGGACAAGAUGUUGAAAUUCUUCUCAGAACAACAGUUAUUCAAGGAGUUCACACGGAUACUGAUCGAAUAGUUCUGCGGCCACGAGACGAGAUCCUGCUAGACAAUGUACCAUAUUGUCACAAGCCAAAUAAAUAAUUGUCCUGUUGUUUUAUU